UUCACAUGCAUAUGAGUCGUCGUUGUCGGCGAUCCCAAACCACCACCAAUACACACGGCGAAUUGCGUUUGUCUUUGCGAAAUGUCAAACGCACCUCUGUGAUUAUUUUGUCUCGUCGCCUUUCGGCACAAACCAUCAGAAUAUUCACACAUUAUCCGCUAAGCAGUGAAAGUGUCGUCGAUUUCCUAAUAUACAACGGCAAUUCUUAUCCGACUUUUCAUCAUCGAACGCAUUCGCUAGUCGAAGGAAUUUUUCAUUCCGACAUUUCUAAAACAAACGUAUUUUUUGUGUGUAAUCAAUUGGGUGGAUCCCCGUGAAGAAGAGGAUAAAAAUGGCAUCAGCAGCUGAAAACAGCAACUGUUCACUCUGUACACGUCUUGGAUUGAAACCAUUUACAAAAAACAACAUUCUUUUCUACUAUGCCCCAUUGCAUGCAUUGUCGAGCUAUGGCGCUCUUUCGGUCAAUAUUUUGAGCCCACAACUAGCAUCUAGAUUAAUUCCAAAACGUGAUGUCACCAAUUUCCUCUUGAUCCAUACACUUUUCGGUACCACAUUGUACAUCUACAGUCGUCCACAUUUAAAAUCGCUUGAUGUUAAACAAAAAAUUACAUACAGUGUUCUUGGAAGUACGUUGUUCAGUUUGGGUUCGGUAUUGGUUUGGGCAAUAAUUCGCAGUUCAAUUCCACAUAAUGCUGUAUUGGGCACCGCUCUUGGUCUUGCAUCCGGCUAUGGACUUGCUCGAGUGAGCUACGAGUACUUGAAACACGUUGAUGCGAUAGCCGAAAAAGCAGCAUCCGCUUAAAGUUUGAUACUUAUACUUUCUCAUAGAGAGACAGCAUGGCUGUUGGCUCAAAUUUGGCCACCUUCUGCAAAUUUAUUACAAUUAAACCAACACCUUUUUCAAGAGAUCAAAUAGCUAAUAGAAUGAUGGAGUUUUUUUCGUAUCAUUUGGUCAUAGUUUAUAUUUCAUGGUUGAUUUCGGCUCUCAAUCCAGAGCCAAAUAAAAACAUAUCUAAAAAUAACAAUUUA